CAGACAUGAAAGUUCUUGGGCACCAUGUGGACCCAUACCCAGAGGACAAUUCCCAAGAAAAAAAAGAAAAAGAACAAAACAACUGGCCUUAAAACUUCCAGCAAACCAAAGGAGGAGGCAGCACCCCUUUGCCUGCGAAGGUAACUACAGAAAACAGACUAUCUAGAGCUGAACAAGGCGGACUGAGGAAAACGCACUCCACUACUGGCUGGUGAAAAGGAGCUGGAAUGUUUCUGCAACUGUUUGAUGAAAUGUGCUUACUCUACUCCACCCACUUUGGCCUGGACCUUGACUCCAGGGGCUAAAAAUAAUUGCCCAGAGGCUCCUGAGAGGAAUCAGAUCACGCUAAGUAGGGCACAACGCAGAGGCAACGGAGCUCCUUGGCCCCAGGGCGCCCGGAGCAGUCUCAGGAGCGUCGUCCCGCCCACGCCCGAGUCGGCAGCUGGAGCUCUCCCUCCGCUUGCCAGGGGUGUGUGGAGGCCAGUAUGAAGCUGAAAAAGCAGGUGACAGUGUGUGGGGCUGCUAUCUUCUGCGUGGCAGUCUUUUCACUGUACCUUAUGCUGGACAGAGUACAGCAUGAUCCCACCCGACACCAGAAUGGUGGGAACUUCCCACGGAGCCAAAUUUCUGUGCUGCAGAAUCGCAUUGAGCAGCUGGAGCAGCUGUUGGAGGAGAACCAUGAAAUUAUCAGCCACAUCAAGGACUCUGUGCUGGAGCUGACAGCCAAUGCAGAAGGCCCUCCCGCUCUGCUGCCCUACCACACAGCCAAUGGAUCCUGGGUGGUGCCCCCGGAGCCCCGGCCCAGCUUCUUCUCCAUCUCCCCCCAGGAUUGCCAGUUUGCUUUGGAGGACCGGGGCCAGAAGCCAGAGCUACAGAUGCUAACUGUGUCAGAAGAGUUGCCAUUUGACAAUGUGGAGGGCGGCGUUUGGAGGCAAGGCUUUGACAUCUCCUACAGCCCACAUGACUGGGAUACUGAAGACCUGCAGGUGUUUGUGGUGCCCCACUCACACAAUGACCCAGGCUGGAUCAAGACCUUUGACAAGUACUACACGGAGCAGACCCAACACAUCCUCAACAGCAUGGUAUCCAAGCUACAGGAGGACUCCCGGCGGCGCUUCCUCUGGGCAGAAGUCUCCUUCUUUGCCAAGUGGUGGGACAACAUCAAUGCCCAAAAGAGAGCAGCAGUCCGAAGGCUGGUGGGAAAUGGGCAGCUAGAGAUUGCAACAGGAGGCUGGGUGAUGCCAGAUGAGGCCAACUCCCACUACUUUGCAUUGAUUGACCAGCUCAUUGAGGGACACCAGUGGCUGGAGAGAAACCUUGGUGCAACCCCACGCUCUGGCUGGGCAGUGGACCCAUUUGGACACAGCUCCACCAUGCCUUACCUGCUGCGCCGUGCCAACCUGACCAGCAUGUUGAUCCAGAGGGUACAUUAUGCCAUUAAGAAGCACUUUGCUGCCACCCACAGCUUGGAGUUCAUGUGGAGGCAGACUUGGGACUCGGAUUCCAGCACAGACAUCUUUUGCCACAUGAUGCCCUUCUACAGCUAUGAUGUCCCUCAUACCUGUGGCCCAGAUCCCAAGAUCUGCUGCCAGUUUGAUUUCAAACGCCUGCCGGGUGGACGCAUCAACUGCCCUUGGAAAGUGCCACCCCGGGCCAUCACAGAGGCCAAUGUGGCAGAAAGGGCAGCCCUGCUCCUAGACCAGUACAGGAAGAAGUCCCGGCUCUUCCGAAGCAAUGUCCUCUUGGUGCCACUGGGCGAUGACUUCCGAUAUGACAAGCCCCAGGAAUGGGAUGCUCAGUUCUUCAACUACCAGCGGCUCUUUGACUUCCUUAACAGCAAGCCUGAACUCCAUGUGCAGGCCCAGUUUGGCACCCUCUCUGACUAUUUUGACGCUCUAUACAAGAGGACAGGCGUGGAACCAGGGGCCCGACCCCCAGGGUUUCCUGUGCUAAGCGGGGAUUUCUUCUCCUACGCGGACCGUGAGGACCAUUACUGGACAGGCUAUUAUACUUCCAGACCUUUCUACAAGAGUCUGGACCGAGUCCUAGAAGCCCACCUUCGGGGGGCAGAGAUUCUGUACAGCCUGGCUGUGGCCCACGCCCGCCGCUCUGGACUAGCUAGCCGGUACCCACUGUCUGACUUCACCCUCCUGACGGAAGCUCGGCGCACACUGGGGCUCUUUCAGCACCAUGACGCCAUCACUGGAACUGCUAAGGAGGCAGUGGUGGUGGACUAUGGUGUCAGGCUCCUGCGCUCCCUCGUUGGCCUGAAGCAGGUUAUCAUCAAUGCAGCUCAUUAUCUGGUGCUAGGGGACAAGGAUACCUACCACUUUGACCCUGAGGCACCCUUCCUCCAAAUGGAUGACACCCGCUUAAAUCAUGAUGCCCUGCCAGAGCGUACAGUGAUCCAGCUGGAUUCCUCACCCAGGUUUGUGGUGCUGUUCAACCCACUGGAACAGGAGCGGCUCAGUGUGGUGUCCCUGCUGGUCAACUCACCCCGCGUGCGUGUCCUUUCAGAGGAGGGUCAGCCCCUGGCUGUGCAGAUCAGUGCACACUGGAGAUCUGCCACGGACAUGGUCCCUGAUGUCUACGAGGUAUCUGUGCCCAUCCGUCUGCCAGCCCUGGGCCUGGGUGUGCUGCAGCUACAGCUGGGCCUGGAUGGGCACCGCACACUGCCCUCCUCUGUGCGAGUCUACUUGCAUGGCCGGCAGCUCUCUGUGAGCAGGCAUGAUGCAUUUCCUCUUCAUGUCAUUGACUCGGGAUCCAGUGACUUUGCCCUCAGCAACCGCUACAUGCAGGUCUGGUUCUCAGGCCUUACUGGGCUCCCAAAGAGCAUCCGAAGGGUGGAUGAGGAGCAGGACCAGCAGAUGAACAUGGAAUUCCUCAUCUAUGGCACUCGUACAUCCAAGGACAAGAGUGGAGCCUACCUCUUCCUGCCUGACGGCGAGGCCAAGCCCUAUUCCCCCAAGGACCCCCCUGUGCUGCGUGUCACCGAAGGCCCUUUCUACUCAGAGGUGGUUGCCUACUAUGAGCAUGUUCACCAGGUGGUCCGGCUUUAUAACCUGCCUGGGGUGGAGGGGCUGUCUCUGGAUGUGUCAUCCCUGGUGGACAUCCGGGACUAUGUCAACAAGGAGCUGGCCCUGCGCAUCCACACAGACAUUGACAGCCAGGGAACCUUCUUCACAGACCUCAAUGGCUUUCAGGUGCAGCCCCGGAGGUAUCUAAAGAAGCUGCCCCUGCAGGCUAACUUCUACCCCAUGCCAGUUAUGGCCUACAUCCAGGAUGCACAGAAGCGCCUCACACUACACACUGCUCAGGCCUUGGGCGUCUCCAGCCUCAGGGAUGGCCAGCUGGAGGUGAUCUUGGACCGUCGGCUAAUGCAGGAUGACAACCGGGGACUAGGUCAAGGGCUCAAGGACAACAAGAGAACCCGCAACUGUUUCCGCCUCCUAUUAGAACGUCGAACCGUGGGCAGUGAGCCAGGCUAUUUCUCCAAACUGGCAGCCAUGUUUAGGGACUUGAUCUUUCACAGCAGCAGGAGCAGUGACCAAGAGGUCCAAGAAGGCCGCUCUACCAGCUACCCAUCCCUCCUCAGCCACAUGACCUCCAUGUACCUGAAUACCCCUGUGCUUGCCCUGCCCGUAGCCAAGAGGCAGCUCCCAGGCUCCAGUCUGCACUCAUUUCAUCCUCUGGCUUCCGCACUGCCCUGUGACUUCCACUUGCUCAACCUACGUACGCUUCCAGGCGAGGAAGAUAACUUGCCCUCAGCAGACACUGCAUUUAUAUUACACCGCAAGGGUUUUGACUGCAGUCUUGAGGCCAAGAACUUGGGCUUCAACUGUACCACAAGCCAGGGCAAGGUAGCCCUAGGUAGCCUUUUCCAUGGCCUGGAUGUGGGAUUCCUACAGCCAACCUCCUUGACACUAUUGUACCCUCUAGCCUCACCCUCCAACAGCACUGACAUCUAUCUGGAACCCAUGGAGAUCGCCACCUUUCGCCUCCGCUUGGGUUAAGGCUGCUUGUGGCCUGAAGAAAAAGCUCAUCCACAAAGACUGCCUCUUAACACUGAGAAUGGGUUGGACAAGCCACACUGGGUAUCCUAUCCAAUCUGCCUCUAAAACCUGACAGACUGGGCUCUCCCCUCAUCUUGUUUAUUGUUGCUUCUGUAUUUAGGGCAAUGCCCAGUGGUGGGCAGGUAGGGCAGAUGCUGGUGAGAUGAGGGAGAGGAAGCCAUUGGUCGGGGUUGAUGGUACCAGACUCUGCUCUGGGUUGAGUGGCCACAUACUUGGGCACAAGCUCAAGUACCCAUCCUUUUCCCAAAGUGGGAUGUGGGAGGAGUGGGAACAGACAGGAGGUCAGGGAAGCUAAGUGGGUAAGGCCCAGUGUCGGGUGACUACAGAUGAGAGCUUACUCUAGGGGAAUCCUGUGGUGAAGAAGAGACUAUGUAUCCUGGUAUAAGGAGCAGGAUCAGUGGGAAGAGAAGGAUGGGGACCCACAGUUAGCGGUGGGGUGGAGGAGUAGAAGGAAUCCCAGUUUCUCCAAAGAGCCUGAAGGCUUUUCUGCUUUCUGUGAUGGCUCUACCCUAAAUGCCACUGGGCCUGCGCAUCCUGGUGGGGGCUGCAGGAUGGCAGGAAGGACUCACUAGAGACUUAUGGCCAGAGGGCAUAGAACAUUUCAGAUACCAAAACCCCCAUCUCAAAUUGGGCAGUUUGUCUGUGUGUUGAUUAAUGGGAUUGGUGGCUGGGGCUUAGUGGGGCUUCUCCACCCUACCUGACUCUGGUUUGUUCCCUUUACUCUCUGCACAACUGCCCCCAAGAACUUUGUAUCAUGAGGGGUUUGGUCCUGGAAAGAAAGUGAAACCUCCAAGACCCUCCAUGCUUGGGCAACUUAAGACGACUUUCGGUGUCAUGCCUAGCAGGCCUUGAAGCCUCACCUUUGGCCCAUCCUUUUACAGUAUUCAAUUCUUGGCACGGGGGAUGAGGGAUAUGUAGACUAAAUUAGGAAGUGGUAGGACUGCUCAUGAGUCUUCAUUUCAGCUUUAAAUAAUAGAGAAAAAUUUAUAAUAGUCUUUAUAGAUGCUGAAAAGAUAUUUGAUAAAAUUUAAAAUCCACCCCUAGGGCUGGGGAUGUGGCUUCGAGAGUAGAGUGUUUGCCUAGCAAGCAUGAGGCUCUGGGUUUGAUCCCCAGCACCACAAAAAUAAAAUCCACCCCUUCUUAAAAUUCUAAGAAAGAAACUUCCUAAUCUAGAAAAAGGUCCAUAUCAGAAACAGUUAAUGGGACUCUGAAGAGUCCAUAAGCAUUCCCAUUGAGGGUAAGAAACUAGCCAGGGGUGCUGUGGUUUAGCAGUGUCUGGCAUUACUUACCCUUGCAACAAGUCAGGUGAAGGAGGUAAGGAAGGGUUAUAAUUGCCAUCAUCUAUAGACCCUAAAGCAGCCUGCCUAUGAAAUCCAGCAGAAUUGGCUGAAAACGUAGGAAGAGCAUUCUGUAAAUUGAGCCAGUGCUAAACAUGUUCCUGUAAAGAUUUUGGUUUUCCCUAAAUCGGCUCACUUCAAUGUAAUUCCAAUGAGAUUGGAUACUUUUUGAAAUUCAGUAGCUUCUGAAGUUCAUUUGGAAGAGUAAAGGUGUGAGAAUAUCAAGGUAUCUCCGAAUGGUGAUGAGUCCAGUGGUGGUGCUGAGGUGGGUAAAAGGCACUUGUCCUACCAGAUUUCCCAAAGGACUCUGGCUAGCAUGAAUUUAAUUAGUAUGACAGACUGGGUCAGACAGAUGGGACAGUAUGGAGAAUCCAGAAACAGUCCUGGGUACAUAGGGAUUUAGUAUAUGGUAAUUUUUUUUUAAAUGGGAGUAUUUUAAAUGGGGCAAAAGAUGGAUUAUUUAAUAAAUAAUACUUUGAGAUGACUUAUUAGAGUAAGAUCUCUACCUCAGUUUCCACAAAAAUUAGUUUGAGACGGGAAAAAAACAAGAAAAUAUAUUUUUAUAACUGAUGUGGGACGGUCUUUUGAAAACAUGAAACCAAAAAGAAAACAUCUUACCAGACACACAAAAUUGAGUUUCUGUGCUAUGAGAAACAUCAAGGUUGAAACAUAAAUGUCAGAUGUGGGAGAAAAUAUUUGGUGUAGUAAAAAUCAGUAUGAUUAGAAAAUUUGCUUUAGGGUCCUCAAAGUCUCUGGGGGCCUGCCAGGAGCCAUCUGAAAUCUCAAAGAGUGACAAGGCCAAGUUUUUGUGGGUUUGCCAGAGUCUUUGUGCCAACGUCAGGCUCAUGGAAUCCUGUCCAUAACCUGAUCGAAGAACUAAGGUAACAAAUGUGAAGUGCUUAGCAUAGUGCCUCGUACACAGAAGAGCUCCAUGAGUAGGAGUUAUAACCAUAUUGGUAAAGUUUGCUAAGCAAUUACAGCAAGUGUUAUUUGCUAGUAUAUGAUUUGUAAUGAAAUGAUAGGAGAGAAUCUGUGAACCCCUAGGAAAUUAGCAGAAUAAAGGAUAUUUGGAGGUCUUA